GUCCAACGGAUAUUUUUACAGCUUUUCAAAUUUCAAAUUUUCAAACGAAAGGUAAACAAUAUUUUACUUUCUUUAUCUGUAUCAUCAAACCCCUCCACCAACCCUUCAUUCUCCUCGUUCUCCUCGUCAUCAAGUCCCAUCUCUCUCUCUCUCCCUCUUCUUUGUUCCUUCUCUGCGAUUUCAAUGGCUAUGGCUCUCAGGCCCAUCGAUAAUGCUCUUCCAACCACACCAGAAAGGCCGAAAAAGCAAACCAAAGUUCCUGUUUCUAUCCAAAAGCAACCCGAGUUUGGGGUCAAUGAUGAAAACCAGGCUCCACUUCCUGCAGCAACCAUUGAUGCCACCAUUGAUUAUAUCUCUUCUGAGAAUCUCAAACCCAUCUCAGACCCUGAUUUCAAAAUUCUGAGCUUGAAUGAGGGAUUAGAUUCAAAGGAUUGGGUGAAGGUGUGCGAGUCUCUGAACAAUGUUAGGCGUUUUGCACUCUAUCACUCUGCUCUUUUGUUUCCUACUCUAGAGAAAGUUAUGGUGGUGAUGGUUAAGGCAAUGAAGAAUCCCAGAAGUGCUUUAUGCAAGACAUCCAUUAUGGCGUCGUUUGAUAUCUUUAAGGCCUUUGGUGACAGUUUAUUUGACUCUGCCACCUCUGCUGCAUUUGAUCAAUUGCUGCUGCAACUGCUGCUGAAAGCGUCUCAAGACAAACGGUUUGUGUGCGAAGAAGCAGAUAGGACCCUGAACACAAUGGUGCAGUCUUUGACUCCUCUGCCUUUGCUUCAAAAGCUUAGAGCCUAUGCUUCCCAUGCCAACCCCCGAGUCAGAGCCAAAGCUGCCGUUUCCGUCUCAGCUUGUGUCUCUAAGAUGGGGCUUGAAGGAAUGAAGGAUUAUGGGCUGGUCUCUUUGGUUAAAAUGGCUGCAGAUUUGUUGAAUGAUAGGCUGCCGGAGGCAAGGGAAGCGGCACGGGGUAUUGUGCUUUCGGUGUACAAUGCCUAUACAGAGAAUGAAGAGGAGAAGCAAGAGAUAUGGCUAAACUUUUGCCAGUCUAAUUUGACACCAAUUCAUGCUCAGUCCAUGGUCAAAAUUACUUCUUCUCAGUAGAGUUUAGAAGAUAGUGAUUAGUGAUUUUGCUGGUAGAAGCAGCUAUAGUCUGAGUGCUACUUUGGCCAGUGAUUCUGCUGGUAGAAGCAGCCUGGUAGCAGCUACUAUGUUAGGAGUGUUACUGGUCAAAUGAAAGGGAAGAUGAGUUUACAUACAUCUUCCAGUUUCAUGUAAAUUUCUUCUUAAUGAAAUUUUCAUUGUUAAUUACGAGCCAA